GUCCUCUUCGUUCUUGGUGGGCCCGGUGCUGGAAAAGGAACGCAGUGUGCCAACAUUUGCGACAACUUCCCGCACUGGUCCCACAUUUCUGCCGGGGAUUGCCUCCGUGCAGAGCGGAACGACCCGAACUCAAAGGACGGGGAGCUUAUCAACUCCUUCAUCAAG